AUGGUCGCAGCUGGUGAGGUGGUUGUACGAACGAAGGUGGUGAAGUUCUUUGGGCAAGCAGUGGUCUCUUUUGUGUACACUCUACUUGACCGUAGUUUGACGAUACUGGUUGUAGACGGUGCUGCGCCGUCCAAUGUGGAGAGCCUAGCUGUUGGCAUGCAGGGGACGGCGAGUGAUGCCUUGGACAUGGACCAGCAGAAUGUUGGUCUCACUAUGGCCAAGUAG